GGCCGGGAUGGAGUGGGGGCAGCCCCCCCCACCUCGGGCAGCGCUCUGCCGGCAACACGCUCGCCCCCGGCCCCGCACACAUCUCACUCCCAUUCCGGCCCCACGCUUCCCCCACGCCAGCUCCUCUGCCCACGCGUGCUCCCUGCUAUGCCGAGCUCGGACCCCGGGAGCGGCCGUCCGGGCUGUGACGGAAGCGCAGUUGCCAAUGUCACCUUCAGCCUUCUGCCGGCUCGGGGCAGGGGCAGCCAUUCCCGGAAUCCGGGCGGCUUAAGGAUGGGAGCACGGCCUGCUGCGUAAGAGCCACUUGAGCCCCGCUGUCGCCUUGUGGGAUAUCGCGUCCACUUAUCGGCCCGGGGCGUGUUUCGCACCCACCCCCGCGCAGCCCAGCACCCCUUCGCUGCCGGCUACUGUGCUGCUCCCGGCGGGAUGCAGCAUGGGGUGGGCUUCCUCGGGCGCCUCCAGGCACAGAAUGGUGUGGAAGGGUCCCCACGCCCCCUGCCUGGCUCUGCCUGCUGCCUGCUCCUUACUUACCCUCUCCUGCUAGCCCCCGCCGUGGAGCGGCAUGGGGACCUGGCCCCCCCCCUGGGCCAGGUCAGCCCCAUCACCUCAGAUGAAGAGUACCUGAGCCCACUAGAAGAAUUCCCUGAGUCUGGGACCCCGCAGCACCGACCAGCCAUGAAGCUGCAGCCCAGAGCGGAGCAUGGGGCUGCCCACAGCUCUUCGGAGAGCAGCUUCAAGGCUGCACCCACCUUUGAGGUGGCCCUGUCGGACCAGUCAGUGCUGGAGGGACAGGAUGUCAGCAUGAGUGUUCGUGUUCGCGGAGAGCCCAAGCCCAUCAUUUACUGGCUGCGGAACCGGCAGCCCGUGAAGUACGGCCGCCGUCACCAUGCAGAGGAGGCGGAGGGGGCUCGGGGUGUGUACACACUGCACAUCCUGGCGGCUGAGCGCACUGACACCGGCUUCUACACCUGCAAGGCUGUCAACGAGUAUGGCACCAAGCAGUGCGAGGCCAAGCUGGAGGUCAGAGCUCGGCCCGAGUGCCAGUCCCUGGCCGUGGUGGUUCCCCUGCAGGACGUGGUGGUCGGGGCGGGGGAGCUGGCACUCUUUGAGUGCCUGGUGGCUGGCCCGCCAGACAUGGAUGUGGACUGGCUGUCACGGGGCCGGCUGCUCCAGCCCGCCCUGCUCAAAUGCAAGAUGCAUUUUGACGGGUGCAAGUGCAAGUUGCUGCUCACCUCCGUGCACGAGGACGACAGCGGCAUCUACACCUGCAAGCUCAGCACGGCCAAAGAUGAGUUGACUUGCAGUGCCCGGCUGACGGUGAAGCCCUCCGUGCAGCCACUCUUCACCCGCAAACUGGAGGAUGUGGACGUGGUGGAAGGACGGACAGCACGCUUUGACUGCAUGGUCAGCGGGACCCCUGCGCCAACGGUCACCUGGAGCCACUUUGGCCAGAUGGUGCAGGAAGGGGAGAACGUGCGUAUCCAGCGGGAUGGGGGACUGCACUCAUUGGUCAUUGUGCAUGUGAGCAGUGAGGAUGAGGGGCACUACAUGGUGACUGCCAGGAACAUCCAUGGCCACGUGGAGUGCUCCGCCGAGCUCUAUGUGGAGGAGCCACGGCCGUCUGCUGCCUCCCAGAUCUCCAAGCUGGAGAAGAUGCCAUCCAUCCCAGAGGAACCAGAGCAGGCGGAGACCGAGGCAGAGUGUUUCACCAUGCCCGACUUCCUGAAGCCACUGCACAAUCUGGAGGUGGUGGAGUCCAAGGAGGCGGUGCUGGAAUGCCAGGUGGCUGGGAUGCCCUACCCAUCCAUCACCUGGUUUCACAACGGCUCACGCAUCGACAGCACUGAUGAUCGCAAGAUGAUGCAAUAUAAGGACGUGCAUCGCUUGGUGUUCAGAGCCGUCAGCCACACGCAUGCUGGCGUCUAUAAAAGCGUCAUUGCCAACAAAGUAGGGAAGGCCACAUGCUAUGCACACCUCUAUGUCACAGAUGUGGUGCCAACCCCCCCGGAUGGGCCUCCCACAGUGGCCUCGGUGACCGGCAGAGCCAUCACACUGACAUGGAACAAGCCCAAGUGGCUGGACACGGCCAUAGACCCCAGCUCAGUGACAUACGUGGUGCAAAUGCAAGUGCUGGGCAUGACACAGUGGAUGGUGCUGGUGGCUGGCGUGCGGGACACUACCUACACGGUGCACGGGCUCACCAAGGGGGCUCAGUACCUCUUCCGUGUCAUUACCGCCACCCCCAAGACCAACAGCAAGCCCUCCCCGCUGGUGGGGCCCGUGAAGCUCCUAGAUCGGGGUCCCUACCUGGACGAGGCUCCAGUCAUCCUGGACAAGCCUGAUGUAGUAUACGUGGUGGAGGGCCAACCAGCCUCCAUCACCAUCACCAUCAACCACGUGGAAGCCACUGUCACCUGGAAGAGGGGCGGGCAGGUGCUGGGGGAGCAGGAGGGCACGUGCGAGAUGACGAUGCCGGAUGAUGACCAGCACUGCCUGCGGCUGCUGCACGUGGGUCGGGGGGCUGCAGGGCUGCUGGCCUGCGAGGUGAGCAACCGCCAUGGCACUGCCCGCUGCACCCUCCGCCUCCACCUCGCAGAGGCACCGCGCUUUGAGUCCAUCAUGGAGGACAUCGAUGCCCAGGAAGGGGAGACACCCCGCUUUGCCGUGGUGGUGGAGGGCAAGCCGCUGCCGGACAUCAUGUGGUACAAGGAUGGGGAGCUGCUGGAGGAGAGCAGCCACCUGAGCUUCGUUUACGAGGACAAUGAGUGCUCCCUGGUGGUGCUGGGUGCUGCCGAGCCCGACAGUGGGGUAUACACCUGCACGGCCAGGAACCUGGCAGGAGAGGUCUCCUGCAAGGCUGAGCUGGUGGUGCGCACAGCCCAGCCUGCAGCUGAUGCCACCAUGGAGGAAGAUGCGCUGCACAAGGCACGACGCCUGACUGACUACUAUGAUGUGCAUGAGGAGAUCGGGAGGGGGGCUUUCUCCUACCUGCGGAGAGUGACAGAGAAGAGCAGCCGCCUGGACUUUGCCGCCAAGUUCGUCCCUGGCAGGACCAAGGCCAAGCAGUCAGCACGCCGGGAGCUGCACAUUCUCUCACAGCUCGAUCAUGAGCGCAUCGUCUUCUUUCACGAUGCCUUUGAGAAGAAGAACGCGGUCAUCAUGGUGAUGGAGCUCUGUGCUGAGGAUGAGCUGCUGGACAGGAUGGCAAGGAAGCCUUCAGUUUGUGAGUCUGAGGUCCGCUCCUACAUGCGGCAGAUCUUGGAGGGGAUCUGCUACCUUCACCAGCACCAAGUCCUGCACCUGGACAUCAAAAAAACCUCCUGAUGGCAGAUUCAAGCAGUGAGCAGGUCCGGAUCUGCGACUUUGGCAACGCGCAGGAGCUGACACCUGAUGAGCCACAGUACUGCAAGUAUGGCACGCCCGAGUUCGUGGGGCCCGAGAUUGUCAACCAGAGCC